AUGGCCGACAAGGACAGCGUGGAGAAGUACCUGGAGAACAACCCUCAGUUCGCCAAGGAGUACUUUGACAAGAAGGUUCGGCCGGAGGUGAUCACCGCCGCCUUUGCGGAGAACUUCAAGGCCGAAGGCUCGUUCAACGAGGUCGCACAGAUCCAGGAGGCUAAUAUCAUCUUCGACCUGGUCAAGGCCAUGCAGUCCGAGACUGUGAUGGAGAAGGCCAUGCACAAGGCCAUCCAGAGACUAUGCCUGCUGGUGAACGCAGACCGCUGCAGUUACUUCAUCCUGAGGGCCCGAAACGGCAUCCCUGAGCUUGCCACCAUCUUGUUCGACAUCACCCCCACCUCCAAGUAUGAAAGCAAUUUGGUGAACCCCUCUGCCGAAAUUGUCUUCCCUACCGAUAUGGGUAUUGUUGGACAUGUUACCACUUCCAAAAAGCAAAUCAACGUUCCUGAUGUCUCAAAGAAUCCAAAAUUCAGUGACUUUGUUGACAAGCAGACAGGAUACGCAACCAAAAACAUGCUCAUCGCCCCCAUCAUGCAUGCUAAGGACGUGCUGGGCGUCAUCACAGCACUGAAUAGGGUUGGUGGUACUGAAUUCACCAAGACAGAUGAAGAGUUCUUCACCAAAUAUAUGAGCUUUAUCACCGUCAUCGCUCUUCAGCAUCACAUCAACUACCAGUGGAAUGUGGAAUUACGAAAGGCCAAUGUUCUUCUUCACUCGGCCAGCAAAGUCUUUGAAGAACUUACAGAUAUUGAGCGACAGUUCCACAAAGCCCUUUACACAGUGCGAGUCUGGCUAAACACCGAACGCUAUUCUGUGGGUCUUUUGGACAUGACUAAAGAGAAGGAGUUCUACGAUGAGUGGCCAGUGAAACUGGGAGAGGUGGAACCAUACAAAGGCCCCAAGACUCCAGAUGGAAGGGAAGUGAACUUCUACAAAAUCAUUGACUACCUCUUAGAAGGCAAAGAGGAAAUCAAAAUCGUGCCGAACGUUACCCCAGACCAUUGGGCUCUAGUUAGUGGACUCCCCACCUAUGUGGCUGAAAAUGGCUUUAUUUGCAACAUGAUGAACGUCGCCGCAGACGAGUACUUCACAUUCCAGAAAGAAGCUGUGGAUGAAACAGGCUUCGUCAUCAAGAAUGUGCUGUCCCUGCCCAUUGUCAACAAGAAAGAAGAAAUUGUGGGUGUGGCAACCUUCUUCAACCGCAAAGACGGCAAACCAUUCGACGAGCCCGACGAGCAGAUCACUGAGGCCCUCACCCAGUUCCUGGGCUGGUCCGUGUUGAACUGUGACACCUACGACAAGCUGAACCGCACCGAGUGGCGCAGGGACAUCUACCAGGAGAUGCUCAUGUACCAGACCAAAGCCAACAACACAGAUGUGCAGUCCAUCCUGAACACAGUGGAAAAGUUGGGCAGUACACCAGAGGAAUGCGACCUAAAGGAGAUGUACAAACUUCUGAGGUCCAACAUCCCAGAGGCUAAAGAUUGUCAUAUUUUGGAGUUCAGCUUCAGUGACCUUCCUGUAACUGAGUUUGACCUCAUUACAUUCGGCAUCCGCUGCUUCUUUGAGCUCAACGUGAUUGAGAAGUUCAAAGUGCCACCUGAGAUCCUCACCAAGUGGAUGUACACAGUGAGAAAAGGUUACCGUGACAUCACUUACCACAACUGGAGACAUGGCUUCAACGUAGGGCAGACCAUGUUCUGUCUUCUGCAGACGGGCAAGCUGAGAAAAUACUACACCGAUCUGGAUGCCUUCGCAAUGGUGGCGGCUGCUUUCUGCCACGAUAUCGACCACAGAGGAACCAACAACUUGUACCAGACCAAGAGUGCAUCUCCCUUGGCCAGGCUCCAUACUUCCUCUAUUCUUGAGAGGCACCAUCUGGAGUACAGCAAGACCCUGAUGGCUGACGAGCAAGUCAACAUCUUCCAGACCCUGCAGAAGCGUCAGUUUGAGACCGUGCAGCACUUGCAUGAUGUCUGCAUCAUUGCCACUGAUCUGGCUCUGUACUUCAAGAAGAGAACAAUGUUCCAGAAUAUUGUUAACGCCACAGAAAACAUGCCGGAGGAAGAAGCAAAGAGCCACAUCUCCAACAACCCCACCAGGAAGGAAAUCAUCAUGGCCAUGAUGAUGACAGGAUGUGACUUGUCGGCUAUCACCAAGCCUUGGGAGGUGCAGAGUAAGGUGGCUCUGAUGGUAGCAGCUGAAUUCUGGGAGCAGGGUGACCUGGAAAGAACUGUCCUUGAACAGGAGCCCAUUCCCAUGAUGGACAGGAACAAAGCUGCAGAGCUUCCCAAAAUGCAGUGCGGUUUCAUCAACUUUGUGUGCGCAUUUGUGUACAAGGAAUUCUCCAGAUUCCACAAGGAAAUCACACCCAUGUUUGAUGGCCUCAAUAACAACCUCACACACUGGAAGGCGCUUGCUGAUGAAUACGAAGCCAAGAUGAAGGCCAUUGAAGAUGAGAAGAAGAAACUGGAAGAGGGAGACAAGAAAGACGAAGGUGCCGAAGGUGGGAAGUCCAAAACCUGCUCGGUCUCGUAA